AUCUAAUCAAGGAUCGUUAAGCUUAAUCUUUCGUAAUCAGUAUGCCAGUGACCGCUCGCCGCAAUGGACGACUCACCCUGCAACUCUAAAUGUAACCGGCCUACUACAUAUUUAAGUGAUAUACGAGAUUUCGAUUCUCUAAAUGACGUAGUUCAGAAUCUAAUACGCGAAGCAAUAAAAAUAAGAAAACGAGCGUACUGUCCGUAUUCAAAUUUUUCUGUCGGCGCCGCUUUAUUAACCGAAGAAGAUUCAAAAGUGUAUACUGGAUGUAAUAUUGAAAACUCCACGAUGUCCCCAACUAUUUGCGCCGAGCGGACUGCAAUCCCCAAAGCUGUUUGCGACGGUUACUUGAAAAUCAGAAUGAUUGCUAUCGUAGCACAUCAAAAGGACUCGUUCACAGCACCAUGUGGAGUUUGUAGACAGACCCUUAGUGAAUUCCGUGGGAGCGAUGGUGACAUAGAAAUAUAUUUAAGCAAACCAACAAUGGACAAAGUGUUAUGUACGAGACUUUCCGAAAUUCUUCCACUCUCCUUUGUUAGUUUUAAAAAAGAUAAUGUGAAAUCAUAAAUCGAUAUAUUUUUAUAUAUUUAUUCAAUGACUAUUUUUAUAAGAUACAAUUUUAUAUACAAGUUUUAUAAUUAGUAAACUUUCUUAUCAAUUAAUCUAUUCAUAAGGGGAUUUCCCUUAUAAAGUUACUCCGUUGUUAUUACGAAGAAGUCAUUAAAAUGAUACAAUACAUCA